AUGUCUGAGGGAAAUGGCUCAGCUGGCUCGAGCAGUGCUUCCUCGGUUCCGAAGUCAAUUCCCAGAGGUGUUCUCGCGAGAUCAGGACUUCCUCUGCCGGCCGGCACAAGAUUGAGCUCCGGUUUACGUGCUCCUCGUGACCUGACUCUGGGGGGAAUAUCGAUCCCGAAGAAGUCGGUCACACCGAAUCUUGCUCCCAACCUGAACCGGAAAAACGCAGCCACGAACGCCGAGAAUUCGAACACGCGGGGAUCGAGAGGUGGAGCCCAUCCGCGCACAGAUCGGGGCCGAGGAAUCGACCGAGGUAGAGGUCGGGGCAGAGGACGCGGUCGCGGAGCGUCGAACCUCAUCCAACUUGACGUCUGUUUUCCGUGGCAGGAAUUUUCGACGCGAGUACCGCCGGACUUCCCGAGCGAGGUGGCUGGAGCGCUGGAGGUGGUGGAGGAGGGGGGCGGUGGAGGCGGAGGGGGAGGUGGAGGAGGCGGCAGCAGAAGUUCAGUCGGCUCACUUAAAGACACCAGUCUGCCGAAAUACAUUCCUAUCGAUCAAGAAGAAAUGGACGACACGGACGAGACCAUAAGUAGAGUAACGAAAGCUGAGUUCAUCGAUUACGGAGAUAAGGAUAAGGGGGAGUUCCCGUUGAUGCUACCCCUGAAUACAGCCAACCACGCAUUCGGUGUUUUACCGAAGAUCGACGGUGCGAUGGACGACGAAGAUGAGGCCCGACCGAAGAUUGUGACUCGGAAACCAAAGGUGAAUUAUUCGGGAGCAAAAACUGACCUCAGUCCGGAAAGAGCUAGAGACCUCCUCAAAGCCCUCUGCCUCGGAACUUCGCUCACGAAGGGAGAGGAAGACGGUAAAUCCCUCACGAUGUUCCAACUACCAAGACUUCCGAGUCCGUCUCAAGCGUAUGAAUCGGCAGAACGGAAACCUCCAACAAAAGAUAGUCAGACCGGCCCUCAGCAGUAUAAACUGAAAAAUCUACCGAAAGGGACUCUGGGAAAACUCCAAGUUUUGAGAGACGGGCGAGUGAGACUGGUCACCGGGAGAGUGACCAUGGAACUCCAGAUGGCGGCGGACGUUGCGACAUAUCAGGAAGUUGUGGAUCUUCAAGGUCGGGUUGUGGUCCCUGUCGCCAAAGUCGAGAAUAGAGUUGUCUGCCGUCCGACAGAUCUUGUCCACAGUCAGUGCCGGACAAAGUGUUGA